AGGACGUUGCGUGCUCGCUCGCGCCAGGCGAGUGUCCGCGUCUCCCUCGCGAACUCCGUGAAAGGAAUUGGCGCCGUUCGACACCAGGCGGGUCCGCUCUGCAGCAGGAACCCUCCUCCACCCGCAGCCGCAGCCGCCGCCCGGGCCGAAAAGCAGUCGCAGCAGCCGCGGCCAGUGGCCGAGUGAGCGGAGCCGAGUUUGAGCAAGCGCCUAGCGGUGAACCGAGGCCCUCACCAUGAGUUCCUCGCCUGUUAAUGUAAAAAAGCUGAAGGUGUCGGAGCUGAAAGAGGAGCUGAAGAAGCGGCGCCUUUCCGACAAGGGCCUCAAGGCCGACCUCAUGGAGCGUCUCCAGGCCGCGCUGGACAACGAGGAGGCCGGCCGGCCUGCCAUGGAGCCCGGGAACGGCAGCCUAGACCUGGGCGGGGAUUCCGCCGGGCGCUCGGGAGCAGGCCUCGAGCAGGAGGCCGCGACUGGCGGCGACGAAGAGGAGGAGGAGGAAGAGGAGGAGGAAGGGAUCGCCGCCCUGGAUGGCGACCAGAUGGAGCUAGGGGAGGAGAACGGGGCCGCGGGGGCGGCCGACUCGGGCCCGAUGGAAGAGGAGGAGGCCGCCUCGGAAGACGAGAACGGCGACGACCAGGGUUUCCAGGAGGGGGAGGAUGAGCUCGGAGAAGAGGAGGAAGGCGCGGGCGACGAGAACGGGCACGGGGAACAGCAGGCUCAACCGCCGGCGACGCCGCAGCAACAGCCCCAACAGCAGCGCGGGGCCGCCAAGGAGGCCGCGGGGAAGAGCAGCGGCCCCACUUCGCUGCUCGCGGUGACGGUGGCGCCACCCGGGGCCAGCCAGGGCCAGCAGCAGUCGGGAGGAGACGGCAAAACAGAGCAGAAAGGCGGAGAUAAAAAGAGAGGUGUUAAACGACCUCGGGAAGACCAUGGCCGUGGAUAUUUUGAGUACAUUGAAGAGAACAAGUAUAGCAGAGCCAAGUCUCCUCAGCCACCUGUUGAAGAAGAAGAUGAGCACUUCGAUGACACAGUGGUUUGUCUUGACACUUAUAAUUGUGAUCUACAUUUUAAAAUAUCAAGAGAUCGCCUCAGUGCUUCUUCCCUUACUAUGGAGAGUUUUGCUUUUCUUUGGGCUGGAGGAAGGGCUUCUUACGGUGUGUCAAAAGGCAAAGUCUGUUUUGAAAUGAAGGUUACAGAGAAGAUCCCAGUAAGGCAUUUAUAUACAAAAGAUAUUGACAUACAUGAAGUUCGGAUUGGCUGGUCUCUAACCACAAGUGGAAUGUUACUUGGUGAAGAAGAAUUUUCUUACGGGUAUUCUCUAAAGGGAAUAAAAACAUGCAACUGUGAGACUGAAGAUUAUGGAGAGAAGUUUGAUGAAAAUGAUGUGAUUACAUGUUUUGCUAACUUUGAAAGUGAUGAAGUAGAACUCUCCUAUGCAAAGAAUGGACAAGAGCUCGGUGUUGCCUUCAAAAUCAGUAAGGAAGUUCUUGCUGGACGGCCGCUCUUCCCACAUGUUCUCUGCCACAACUGUGCUGUGGAAUUCAAUUUUGGUCAGAAGGAAAAGCCAUAUUUUCCAAUACCCGAGGACUACACUUUCAUCCAGAAUGUUCCCUUGGAGGACCGUGUUAGAGGUCCAAAGGGGCCCGAAGAGAAGAAAGAUUGUGAAGUGGUUAUGAUGAUUGGCUUGCCAGGAGCUGGAAAAACUACCUGGGUUACUAAACAUGCAGCAGAAAAUCCCGGUAAAUACAACAUUCUUGGAACAAACACCAUAAUGGAUAAAAUGAUGGUGGCAGGCUUUAAGAAGCAAAUGGCAGAUACUGGAAAACUGAACACACUGUUGCAGAGAGCACCUCAGUGUCUUGGAAAGUUUAUUGAGAUUGCUGCCCGUAAGAAGCGAAAUUUCAUUCUGGAUCAGACAAACGUGUCUGCUGCUGCCCAGAGGAGAAAAAUGUGCCUGUUCGUAGGCUUCCAACGAAAGGCUGUCGUAGUCUGCCCGAAGGAUGAAGACUAUAAGCAGCGAACGCAGAAGAAAGCAGAAGUUGAGGGGAAAGACCUACCAGAACACGCAGUUCUCAAAAUGAAAGGAAACUUCACACUGCCAGAGGUAGCUGAGUGCUUUGAUGAGAUAACCUACGUCGAGCUUCAGAGGGAGGAAGCCCAAAAACUUCUGAAGCAGUAUAAGGAAGAGAGCAAGAAGGCUCUUCACCCAGAAAAGAAACAGAACACUGGCUCAAAGAAGAGCAAUAAAAACAAGAGUGGCAAGAACCAGUUUAACAGAGGUGGCGGCCAUAGAGGACGUGGUGGAUUCAAUAUGCGUGGUGGAAAUUUCAGAGGAGGAGCUCCUGGGAAUCGUGGUGGAUAUAACAGGGGCAACAUGCCACAGAGAGGUGGUGGCGGAGGUGGAAGUGGCGGAAUUGGCUAUCCGUAUCCUCGUGGCCCUGUUUUUAGCAGCCGAGGUGGUUAUUCAAACAGAGGGGGGAACUACAACAGAGGUGGAAUGCCCAACAGAGGAAACUACAACCAGAACUUCAGAGGACGAGGAAACAAUCGUGGCUAUAAAAAUCAAUCUCAGGGCUACAACCAGUGGCAGCAGGGUCAAUUCUGGGGUCAGAAGCCAUGGAGUCAGCAUUAUCACCAAGGAUAUUAUUGAAUACCCAAAUAAAACGAACUGAUACAUAUUUCUCCAAAACCUUCACAAGAAGUCGACUGUUUUCUUUAGUAGGCUAACUUUUUAAACAUUCCACAAGAGGAAGUGCCUGCGGGUUCCUUUUUUAGAAGCUUUGUGGGUUGAUUUUUUUUUUCUUUUCUUUUUUGUACAUUUUUAAUUGCAGUUUUAAAGUGAAUCGUAAGAGAACCUCAGCAUUGUGCACGAUAAGAGAAUGUGUCAGUAUUUCAGGGUUCUACAUUUUAUCUGUAAAAUGUGACUUUUUUUUUUAUCACAACAAAAGUAAAAUGUUGCUUUGUACCUGGUGUCUUUUAUUAAGAAUUUACUCCCCCCAUUUCUCACAGAGAGAACAGUCGGGAGUCAUUGUCACAGUAUAAUAGAAAUGUUAGCAGCCAGAUUCAUGUCAGGAUCACGUGGUCCUCAUGAAUUGCCUAAGACUCUGUACUGCUCAUAGUACACUCCAUCCUCUCUGUAGUUUGCUGAGUAGUGGAGGGGGUAUGCUAAAUAGUAGUUUCUGACAAUACCUGGGAAGGCUUUUUCUUUUUUAAAUAACAACGGAAUUGGCACAAUUGAAUGAAGAUAAAAGUUGGAACCGAGAUAGAGAAGAUGGAGUGUAUGUAGAAGGGCUGUUAAAAAUGUAAAACUUGGUUGUAUUAUUUGUGGAGGCUCAAACUUGUGAAGGUUAAAUACCAUAAUUUUUCCAUUUGUUCUGCAUUUUGAUUCUGAAAAGAAAGCUGGCUUUGCCCAUUUCUUAUUAAAAAAAAACUUGUUGUAAA